AUGGUGCGGGUGCAUCCCUACAAAGUCUGCAGCGAUGCUCUCAUCCCCAGCGUUCAAGGUCGUCGGCACCAAGUGCACGCAAGUCGCGCGGCGGAAAAUCCAGGUCAGUCCCAUUGGCCCCAAACCAUUUCUGGGACUGAGAUUCAGCCCACAGCAGAGCCAGCUCUCCUCUGUGCAUCGGUCUCCAGCCUUCAGAAAUCCCUUUGCAUGCUCCAAACAGUUUGGGUGUCUUCACCACGGAGCUGGGCUUUAAGGGAGCCUGAUUGCCACUGCGAUGGUAAACAAAGAAGCUGGAAAUGUGGAUUUGUCAGAACUAUAAUCCAGCAUCCAUGUCCGAGGCAUGACCCCAAAGGCCCUGGGAAAGCAAGAAUGUUGAAGAAAAUCCAUAUAUGUCUCUGCUUCUUCUUUGUCUCUGGCAUUUUGUAUGAGAUCUCCCUGCUGUCUGGCUGCUGCUUCUCCUAUAUGCCCAUGUCCAAGCACUUCCUGACACCUGAGCAGGUCUUGAACCUCGGCAAAAGCAUCAUCUUUCUGGAGACAACAGAGCGCCUGGAGCCAACCCCACUGGUGUCCUGCUCCGUGGAGUCUGCCGCCAGGAUUUACCAGGACCGGCCCAUCAUCCUCUUAAUGAAGGGACUUAGGAAUGAUACGGUGUUGGACUUGAACUCCAGCUAUACAGCCUUCUCGCUUUUGUCUUCUAUGAAGAAUGUCUUCAUUUUUCCUCUCCAGAUGGAAACUGUCUUCCAGGAGACCCCUCUGCUCAAGUGGUACAACCAGGUAGUCCCAGAGCAGGAGAAGAACUGGGUUCACGUCAGCUCCGACGCCAGCAGACUAGCGCUCAUUUGGAAGUACGGGGGCAUCUACAUGGACACAGAUGUCAUCUCCAUCAGGCCCAUCCCCGAGGAAAGCUUCCUAGCAGCGCAGAAGUCGCAGUUCUCCAGCAACGGGAUAUUUGGCUUUCCUGCCUACCAGAAAUUUAUUUGGGACUGCAUGGAGAACUUUGUUCUCAAGUACAAUGGGAACAUCUGGGGCAACCAGGGGCCCUUUUUAAUGACAAGGAUGCUCAAAGCCAUCUGCAAUCUCACGGAUUUCAAAGGCACUGAGGACCACAGCUGCCAGAACAUCUCCUUCCUCAAUCCCCAGCGUUUCUACCCCAUACCGUACCCAGCCUGGGGCCGGUACUAUGAGGUGUGGGACAAAAGCCCCAAUUUCAACCACUCCUACGGGCUGCACUUGUGGAACUUCAUGAACCACAACCGGAAAACUGUGGUUGCAGGCAGCAACACGCUGGCUGAAAAACUAUACAAAGCCUACUGCCCCACCACGUACAAGGACCUAAUCCAAAACGCACAGCGGCAUGAUGUGGUGCAAGGAGGAAGGGGGUGA